AUGGCCCAGCCGCUGCUCCGGAAAACCUUCUCCCGGCUGCGGGGCAAGGAGCGCCUCGGGCGCAAAAAGGCGCCGCCGCCGCCGCGCAAAGACCCAGAGCCUCCACCAGCUGCUCCAGAGCCCUCUGCAGAGCCUGAACUGUUGGGGCCCCUCCCGCCGGAUGCCGGGUGCCGGAAGGGGGCCAACAUCACCGUGUCGAGGAAGCAAAACUGGGCCAAGUUCACUUGGGGCAGCCAGGAGAAUUCCCGCAACCGGAAGCUGUGCCGCAACGCCCCCAGCACGGCCCCGGGGCCUGCUGGCCUGGACGAAGGGCUCUUCCCAGAGAGCCUGCCCUCCGUUGGCUUGGUGGUGACAUCUGAAUCGCCUGUCAGCAGCUUGGAGGGUUGCAGCUCCAGCCUCAGCGCCAAGUACAGCAGCCAGGGUGCCUACCUGCAGAGCCUGGAGAGAAGCAGCCGCCACUGGGUUCUGUCCGCAGGGAAGAGCCAGGGCACGGAAGAGCGGGCUGCCAGCCCCGGCGCUGAGCCGGCCAGCGUGCUCGGCGGCACUGAAGGGGAGAUCUGGUACAACCCCAUUCCUGAGGAUGAGAACCUGCAGCUGCCCUGCCUUGAAAGGAGAUGGGGCAGCAGUGCUGAGAACCGGAGCAAGAAGGGGAAGCCAAGGGAAGUCGGAGCUGCAGGGGAGUGUGCCCGCCUCGGCGCCUUGCAGCAGGCAGCCAACGAUGGCUUGCGGACUCUCCCAAACCAAGAAAGGCCGGCUCAGCCAGCUGGAGAACUGAGCAGCCCCCAGACCCUGGCCUGUGGAAAGACGCCAGUCUCCAGCGUGGAUCCCGAGGGCGCUGCCCCGGUGGCCCAGAGCGCUCUUGCCCACAAGAAGGGCCACUCGCUUGGCAAGGCCAAGUCCCCGGGCCCAGUGCGGAGUCUCUCCAUGAAGAUGAAGAAGCUGCCGGAGCUGAGGCGGAAGCUGAGCCUGCGCGGCUCCCGCCCCCGCGGGCCAGAGCCAGAGGGCAGCUCUUCCCCCAAGGAGUCCGGCAACGUCAUCAGCCGCUACCACCUCGACAGUAGCGUGGCUUCUCGGCAGCCCCUGGUCCGGGGCAAGGUGGCCAGCAAAGGGGGCUACUUGAGUGACGGCGACUCCCCAGAGCUCCUGGCCAAAGCCGAGGCCUGCCUGGGGCUGGACGGGGGCUCCUUCCGGCCGUACUGUUUUGCUGAGCAGCCCAGCUGCGCCCAGCACCUCUCCGGCCUUGUCAGCAUCCACCUGCUGGGGGUGCAGGACUUCAGGCCCCACAAGGCUGAAGCCAAGGAGGCCUUCUGCGUCCUCCAAGUAGACUCGGCUAACAAGGCCCGCACGGCCCUUCUGCCUUGCCAGGCAGCCUUCCUCGACCUCAACCAUUCCUUCCAGCUGGAGUUGGACCACGCCCAACUCCUCAAAGUCGUGGUCUUCUCGUGCGACCCCACUGUGGGCAAGAACCGUGUCUGCUGCCACGGCACCAUCGUCCUGCCCCACAUUUUCCAAGGAAGCAGGACCCAGCAGGUGGCCAUGCAGCUGGAGCCACGGGGGCUCCUUUACAUCAGACUCACCCUGGUGGACCAGUGGGAUCCAUCCAGCGGUGACCGGGAGCCACAGGUCUUUGGAGUGAACCUGAGCCAGCUGGUGGAGCGGGAAAGGGCCGCCGUCAAAGUGCCGCUGCUGAUCCAAAAGUGUGUCGCCCAGAUUGAGCAACGGGGAUUGAAGGUUGUGGGUCUGUAUCGCUUGUGCGGCUCGGCGGCAGUGAAGAAGGAGCUGCGCGACGCCUUUGAGCGGGACAGUGCUGCCGUGGCGCUCUCCGAAGACCUCUACCCAGACAUCAAUGUCAUUACAGGAAUCUUGAAGGACUAUUUGCGCGAGUUACCCACACCUCUCAUCACCGACCUGCUCUACCAAGCGGUACGGGGAGCCAUGUCCAGUCGGCCAGUGGGCCGGGAAGCUAAGGAGUCGGUGGCCACGACGGCGCUUCUGGACUGCCUGCCGGAAGUCGAGAAGGCCACCCUGACGGUGCUGCUGGACCACCUCAGCCUGGUUGCUGCUUUCCACACCUUCAACCGAAUGAAUGCCCAGAACCUCGCUGUGUGCUUUGGGCCUGUGUUGCUGAUCCAGGGGGCAGGGGUCCCAGGGGCCCGCAGCGCCGGCCAGCGCCACCACACCAUCGCCAGCACCAUGGACUUCAAGCACCACAUUGAAGUGUUGCAUUAUCUGCUACAGGCCUGGCCAACUCCACGCAGGAUGAAAGAAGAGGACCGGCACAGCCCGCCCAGCGGUCAAGCCCAGCACCAGUGCCGCCCUGCCCUCGAUCUGCCGCUGCUGCCAGCCGCUGUCGUGGCCCGAAGCCGCCCGCGAGGGCUGGAAAGUCCUCCCAGUAACCGUUAUGCCGGAGACUGGAGCGUGUGUGGGCAGCAGUUCCUGGCGGGGCCCAGGCUGGGCAGCGACAUGGACUAUGACGAGGUGGCCGGCAGUGAGAGUGACAAUGAGGAGGGAGGGGGCCGAGAGGCGGCGCUGAGAGAGGGGCUGGCCCGCCACAGCCGGACGGUCUUCGUGGGCGACUUCGCCUUGGUGGGGGACCCGGAGGCCCCUCCCUUCAGCCCACGGCUCAACCUGAAGGACUUCGACGCCCUCAUCUUGGACCUAGAGCGAGAACUCUCCAAGCAAAUCAAUGUCUGCCUGUGAGCCGCUCUCUCAGGGCGCCAGAGCAGUGUGAGCCCUCGGGGGGGGACUCGGCCUCCUUCGGCCAGUCAAGCCAUGGCCAGGCCAAGCUCGGGCAGCUGACCCUGCCGCUUGUAUCAGUAUUCUUUCCGUUCACGGUGCCUCGAGCCCCGAGUGGGCGUUUUUCGGUGGUGGCUGCCUGGAGCUCUUGCUGACUGGCUGUCAGGCUGCAGUUCUGGCUGAGGACUUUGGACACCCACCCACCCCGAAUUCUCUACAUGGGCUGGAGGGAGGAGCAAGUUCCCAAGCUGUGCCUUGGUCCUAUACUUCAACGCAGCCGUCCCCAACCUGGUGCCCUCCAGAUCUACGACCCCCAGCAUUCCUGACCGUUUGCCGCAUGGACUGGGGCUCAUGAGCGUUGAAGUUCGAAAUGUCUGGAGGGCACCCAGGUUGGGCGAGGCGGCGGCGGCGGCUCGAGGUUUUGUUUUCUUUGCUUGAAAAAGUAUAUCUUGAAUAGGUAGUAUUUAUGUAGCACACUUCCCUAAUCGUCCGGAGCACUUCAGCAGUCUUUGAAGGUAGGUCAGUAUUAUUUCCUUCUCUUAUGAUGGAUGGAGAGGCUGCCUUGAGUGAGAGUUCAUGGCUGAGCUGAGGACUGGACUGGGGACUUGUAGCUCCUGCUCUUAACCGCUCUGCUCAGGGCUGGCGCUUGGUUCAAGGGGGCCUGUGCCAAAGCGUCCCUCCAGUGUGCCCCGGGGGGCUUAUGGGGUGGCAGCAGCAGCGCUCCGAUGGGUGUUGGGAGCCAGCAUUUAAGGGUUCCUCAAUGCCCUCAGCACAGCAUCCUUCCAGGGCUUUCUGGGCAGCUAAAAUGCCCCUUCCCUGGCUAAGUCACCCCAUGGUCAUUGGAGCAUUGGGGGGCAGGCAUGGGUGGUGGGCCCUGCCCAGGCAUGGGGUCCUAGCAGCUGCUCAAGGGUGCUUCACACUGUUGCCAGGCUGGGCUGUGAGCUCUGAGCCUCUUUAGCUUUUAGGACGGCUUCGAUCAGCCUUCUCCAAUCUAGAGCCCUGGCUGUGGUGGUGUGUUGCAUGUUCCUUCUACCAAACCUGACCCCAAGGUUUGGUUCUGCUGCAACCACAUGUCCCCUGCAACAUGUAGUUAGGCCCUCCGUGUGCUGGGUCAUAAGCAAGGUCAGCCUCUCCAGUAGGGUGACCCUAUGGAAAGGAGGACCGGGCUCCUGUAUCUUUAACAGUUAUAGUGAAAAGGGAAUUUCAGCAGGUGGCAUUUGCAUGCAUGCAGCACCUGGUGAAAUUCCCUCUUCAUCACCACGGUUGAAGCUGCAGGAGCCCUGCCCUCUUUUUUGGUCACACUAGUACAGCUCCUGCAGUUUUAACUGUGGUGAUGAAGAGGGAAUUUCAUCAGGAUCUCCAUAUAUACAAAGGACACCUGCUGAAAUUCCCUUUUCUAUGCAACUGUUAAAGGUACAGGAGCCCGGUCCUCCUUUCCAUAGGGUCACCCUACUCUCCAGAGUGCUGUGGGAGUUUGUUAUUCUCCAUCCCUUUUAUGAGAAGAUGGGAGCCCUUCUGCUCAUCCCUAACGCUCCUCUGGCAGUGCAGUUUCCAGCCAGCAGCUUCAGGGGCAGGAGGAGCCUUUCCCGAUCCUCAGGACAUAGAGCCAUAGCCAGCCUAAUAGAGAAACAUGGUACGGAGGAUAUGGAUGUUUUUUAAAAAAUGUGUAUGUCCUUGUGGACAAUUAAAAAGAGCUGUGAACAUGGGAUUUCAUACUACCUGCCUCUGUGUGAAUGUGAGAGAAUGAUUCUAUUGCGCAUUUCGGGGCCUUCAUCAUGUUUUAUACAGCUGUCAUUUUAUGCCACACUAAAAUUUGGCUUAACUAAAUGCAAGACCUCAAGUUUUUUGCACUAUAAAAUCCUUAAUUCUGCAA